AUGGACGAGCUCCUGGCAUCCUGCAGGUCGCCUGCAGCCCACCAAGCCGUGGUGCUGCGUCGGCUGCUCACAACCCAUCGCAGCGUCGCCAUCCUGCGCCGCCACGGCGUGGAGGUGCCCCCCAGCUGGGCCGAGGCUCCCCGCCAAGCGCCCCGCGAGGCCAGCACCGUCGCAGCCGCCGCCGCCGACGGCGCCGCCGCCGUGCCCGCCCCGGCCGACCUGCUGCGGCAGCUGCCGCUCACCUCCUACGGCGACUACCAGCCUGCCAUCGAGCGGCUGCUGGCGGCGGGCAGGCAGUACGACGCCGCCGACCCCGCCAGCCGCCGCCGCUGGGAGGCGGCGGCCGGCGAGGUGUCGGGCCUGCCCGUCUUUGGCAUCUACUGCACCUCCGGCACCACCGGCAGCCAGAAGCAGUUCCCAGCCAGCAUGGAGGCGCUGCACAGCAUGAUCAGGGUGUUUGCGCUGAUCCAGCAGGCCACCCCGCUGUCCCGCCCUCAAGCAUCCAGCCCCAGGGUCCUCAGCUUCCCCUUUGCGCGGGAGCCACAGGUGCUGCCAAAUGGCGUGGCAAUGGGGCCCAUGUCCACGGUCAACCUGCACCGAAUGAUGAGCAUGAGGGACAGCAACCCCACCCUGAAGCGCAGUGCUGCCACGGCGCUGAGCCCGCCGCUGGUGUCUGUUGGCUCUGGGGACGUCCACACCUGCUAUUACCUGCACUGGCUCUGCGCCCUGCCGCACCGCCUGCAAGUCGUCAAAAUAGUAGAAAGCUUUGGUGCCAACCUGCUGCUGGAAAUCAAUCUGCUGAUCGAGCACUGGCCCAGCCUGAUGGCCGACCUGGGCGAGGGCCGCUGCUUCUCCUGGCUGCCGGCCGACGGCGAGGCGGCAGCAGACGGCGCGGCAGGCGCCCCGAACGCCACCGGCGGGCUGCCUGUCCCGCCUGCUGCCACCGCGGCGGCUGUGGAUGCCCAGCUGUCGCCCAGCCCCGACCUGGCUCUGGAGCUGCAGGAGGUGUUUGAUGGCUCCAUGAGCAAGUACGUACCCCACCUGCGGGAGCUGCUGCCCACCGUCCCCUUCCUGUCCGAGGUGUACGGAGCCACUGAGGGCUUCUUCGGCUUCCAGAGCGAGGUGGCGGAGUUUCAUGCGGCCCGCCGCGAGGCCGCCCCCGCCGAUGCAGCCGCCGCCGGCUUUGCGGCGUUCCAGCGGGAGCCCGACGGGCGCAAGAGCUACGUGCUGAUGCCCAACGCAGACUGUUACAUGGAGUUCCUUCCCUGUGACAGCCAGGAGCCCGAGGACGCGGGGGCCGCCACAGUCAGCAUGGAGGAGGUGGAGGUGGCCAAGCGGUACGAGCUGGUGGUCAGCAGUAUCAUGGGCCUGUUCAGGCAAGCGCAUGCGCAGGGCUGCCGCCGCCACGCCUGGCGCUGCAGAGCGCGGCAUGCCAGCGCACACCCAUGCGCUUGCGAGUACCGCAUGGGCGACGUCCUGCUGUGUGUGGGCCACCUCGGCAAGACACCCAAGGCAGGCCCUGCCGAGCCUUGGAGACGGCGGCGGGCCAUGCUGCCGCCGCGGGUGGUGGUGGAGGGGCGGCGCGGCCAGGUGCUCAACCUGGUGUGGGAGAAGAUGAGCGAGGCGGAACUGGUGGCAGGGGUGGAGGCGGCCGCCGCGGGGGCGCUGCCCGGCGGCGCGUGCGCGCUGCGCGAGUGGGCUGCGCGGGAGGAGGUGCACGCCGACGGCGGCGACACCGUGGGGCACUACGUCGUGUACUGGCAGCUGGCCCCGCUGGGGACCUCCGGCGGCGGCGGCCCCGCGCCCGCUCCGGCGCCCGCAGACGUGGCGGCGUGGGCGGCGCGGCUGGAUGCGGCUCUGCGGGCGCAGUGCCCCAUCUACGGGCUGGAGCGAGGGGGCAGGAUUGCGGGCGUGGAGCUCAAGGUGGUGGGCGCGGGGGUGUUUGAGGAGGUCAGGCACCUGGCAUACCGGUCCGGCACCAGCCCUGUCCAGUACAAGCCGCCGGUGGUCGUGUCCAAGCCGGAGCAGGUGCAGGCGCUGGAGCAGCGCGUGCUGGUCGCAGCCGCCUGUGUAUAG